AUGUUAAGGGAAUUCGAAAAACAACCUUCUUUAGAGCUACAAGAAGCAUAUGAUCAAAUAUUUGGGGAUACGGUUGCGAGUGGUGCAGACUGCGUGGCACCAUCCAUGGAUCCAAGUACUCUCAAUGCUAUGCCUCAUGUUAUUAUUGAUGAUGUAGCAACCAAUGAUCAUGUCCCAGCUAGUGAUGACACUUUUUUCUCUUCUCAAAACCUUCGACACUCUUCUCACUUGGAUAACUUAGACGAAGAAAACGCUGCUUUUUAUUCAAAUUUCAUGAAUUGGGUCGGCGGUGUCUUGUCACCGAACAAUAUUGGGGAUCUACUCAACAUCAAAAGAGUUCCAAAGAAAGUUCCAAAGUUAAACCUAUACAUAUGA